AUAAUCAAGUAUUCAAGUCACAUAUCAAAAUUCUGUAAGUUCAUCUCUCAAUUUAUAUAUAAAGAUUUAGAUGGUAGGUUUGGGAUAAAAUGGAACAAAAAAACGAGUAAGUUCAUCUCUCAAUUCAUAUAUAUGAAGAGUGUGUCGAAUAAUGAACAGCAAAAUUUAUCUCCAUCAACGCAUAUGAUGGGCUAGGCACUUGGAGUAUUGUAAUGGAUGUCAACACUUCUCCAGAACCGGCACCUCAAAGGGUUUCAUAUGAAUGAAUGGGCAUUCCCAUUAGAAAGAAAGAGGCACUAUACUUCUGUAGCACCAGAAAGCGAAGAUGGUAAACAAGUCCUGGAAAAUUAUUCCCCGGCCUCUCAUGGAGGCUGUCCUCAGCAACCAUGCCCAGCAGCACCGCGUCCCUCAGCCCCUCAUUCUCCAUGGGCCUCGUGGAGUCGGCAAAACCACUCUCAUCCUUGAACGUCUUUUCAACAAAUGGAACAGUGACCCUCAUGUCACAGGCUAUGUGGACUUCGCCAAACACAUAAGAGAUCACCACCCAGCACAUGGCCAAUCUUUCCCAUGGGAUUCUUGGUCUAACUGCCUGCCUCCAUCGCUGCCUGAACUCCGGGCCCAACUAGAGAGUUGCCUUGAAUUAUUGGCUUUGAAAGGCAUUAAGCUCUGCACAAUAAGCUCUCACCAGAUAUUCACAACUCUUAACAAGUGGCACGGACUCACUGCAGCUCUUAAGCAGAUCUUGAGUGCUGAUGACCAGUCAAAUCCCAGAAUGCGUGUGUCCACUAGGCUUCCAUCAGCAUUGAAUUUGUGGGAAAGGGCGGUAUUGGUGGCAUCUUCUCGACUAAAUGCUGAGGAGAUUGGCGGAUUAGAUGGGGUGGAGGAGGAGGGGUCAUAUAACAGGGAGUCAUUAGCAGCUUUGAAGCUGGCCAAGGUAGUAAUGAGGCUGCAACAGAAGUGGAGAAGUAAUGCAGUUAAGCAUUUAAAUCAGACUGGUGGGUUUUCAAGGUCCUUGGCGAAUUCUGCUACCGACUGGCCAUGUUUGCUGCUUGAACUCUUGUCUUCAGCAGCUGAAGUUGGCUAUUUUCAGAUUGGCGGAUUAGAUGGGGUGGAGGAGGAGGGGUCAUAUAACAGGGAGUCAUUAGCAGCUUUGAAGCUGGCCAAGGUAGUAAUGAGGCUGCAACAGAAGUGGAGAAGUAAUGCAGUUAAGCAUUUAAAUCAGACUGGUGGGUUUUCAAGGUCCUUGGCGAAUUCUGCUACCGACUGGCCAUGUUUGCUGCUUGAACUCUUGUCUUCAGCAGCUGAAGUUGGCUAUUUUCAGCCAAAGUUGGUUAUAAAUAACAUUGAAAUUCUAAAGAAUGCUGUACUAGUAGAUGAUUCUUCGGUCUGUGCAUCCAUGUAUCAUGAUAGCUUGAUAUGGAGAAUAAUAGCCUUGGGUGCGAAUGAGAGAUGUCUCCCGAUUGUUCUUGUCACAUCAGAUAGCUAUUACUCGUAUCGUGCUUAUAUGGACUUUGGUUUUCCCGACAUUUUCAUCUCUCGCGAGACAUUUGGAUGGACUCCUGCAGAGGCUAAAAUACAUCUGGCUGGUCAGUUUUUCAGCCAGUCUGAGUUGGAUGUAAUUGUUGAAGUUUUAGGAUCAAACCCAAGGCACCUCUUUGAGCUUUACGCACUGAAACUAAGUAGCUCUUUUCAGAAGGAAGCCAAGAAUACGUUUGAGGACAUUGUGGAUGCAUACCUGGCAUAUCUACAAAUGACAGUGGUUAAUCCUGCCAUGGAUAAGGCAUUAUCAAGUGUACAGAAGUUUGCAAACGAUGCACAUAGCGGGAAAAUUCCAAAAGACAAAUUGUGUUUUGGAGCUCCUUGGAGAAAUCUUUCACAUCAUGGUGACCAAGUCGCAUGUCGCGAGUGGGCUAAGAUUCAGCUAGUAGACUUUGUUCAUUCUCUAGUCAAUGCAGAAUUUGGGCUAAAUUACCUGCAAGAUUGCAGUCUUGAAAUAUUUGACGAUCCAUGUGCGGUUGCAUUAAUACAGGUUGGGUUGCUGUAUAUGCAACGAGAUCCAUCCAUUCUUCGCCCAAUAUCUCGAGGCAUACAGAGGUGUCUGGUCAGAUGGUUUGUUCAGGAGCAAAUGGAAAUGAGCUUCACGAACUCGUUGCGGUACAAAUGGCAGCGAAUUGCGCGGGGCCGGAACUAUCGCCAUCUAUUGUAAGAAAUCUAGUGAAGGAAGAAAACUGAAAAAGAUAAUACUGGAAUUAUUAUUUUCUUUAGAAAUAUAAUCUCUAGUGUAAAGAGAACCAUUUCAAUAAUGGUCUUUGAUUUUAGGUGAUUUUUUUAAACGUGAUUUUAAUUGAUUUGUUAGAAUACUACGUAAUUUUUUUAAAAAAGAAAAAACUCUGCACUGA